GAGGUGAAGAGGCUUUGGAGCAGAGUUUCGGGCGGUUGUUCUCUCCCAGAGGAAGAAGAGGGUGUGAUCGACAUUUACCUGUCCGGUGCUACCAGGUGUUCUCGUCGUGACUACAUGUCGGUCGUCGAAUUUCAUUUGCUGUAGGACGGUAAACACUGGCUUCACUCAGGAGUAAAGCGGAGAAGGCAUUAAAGGAUGCUAAGAAGAUCCUGACUCGUGGCCCCAACAUGAGUGUGACAUCAUGGUUCCUGGUCAGCAGUUCUGGCACACGCCACCGGUUGCCACGGGAGAUGAUCUUUGUUGGCCGGGAUGAUUGCGAGUUAAUGCUGCAGUCUCGCAGUGUGGACAAACAGCAUGCUGUGAUCAACUAUGACCCAAACACUGACGAGCACAUGGUUAAGGACUUGGGCAGUUUGAAUGGGACCUUUGUGAAUGACCUAAGAAUCCCUGACCAGACGUACAUCACCCUGAAGCUCUCAGACGUCAUUCGAUUCGGUUAUGAUGCUCAUGUAUAUAUCCUGGAGAAGAGUCAACAUAAGGUCCCAGAGGAAGCUCUCAAACAUGAGAAGUACACCAGCCAGCUGCAGCUCAGUAUAAAAGCCCUGGAGGCCAAGGCGAAAGAAAAACAGCAGCUCCAGAGCUCAGAGAGGAGCAAAGACUCUCUUUCCAAUAUCAAACUGCAGGACAGGGCUGAGCGCAGAGCCCACUCACUCACAGCUGGCAUAGAUUCUCCAAUAUCCAAGCCUACUCCUCUGUACGGCCAACCGUCGUGGUGGGGGGAGGAUGAUGAUCCUGCCAACAAAAAGGUGGAAAGAAGUGGAAAAUCGCCAGACCAGGAGUCUCCAGAGCCUGGUAGAGAUGGGUCCAAAUAUGCGACCAACGGUUCUAUGUCCGACAGUCAGGCCAAGUCUAUCUUCUCCUACCGCCGGGAGCCCAGCUACUUUGAGAUCCCAACAAAGGAGAUCCUGCAGCAACCGGCCAAAAAGCCUGAAUCGCAAGUUCACGAGGUUCCCACAAAGGAUACCCCCGAUCCCACUCAAUGUGUCCCCUCCACCCCCACACCUCCUGUGGUCCAAAGCCACGCCUCCUUCACCAUUGAGUUUGAUGAAUGCACACCAGGUAAAAUGAAGAUCAAAGACCAUGUGACCAAGUUUUCAUUCCGCCAGCAGCGAAAGCUACCCUCCACAGAAGCUGUUACCACACCCACUGAGGUGAUGUCACCAGAAAACAAAGUUGCUGAUUGGCUGGUCCAAAGCAAUGCUAGCAUGAUUAGGAGGAGGUCACAGGCUGAAGACAUGUACAGUACAAACAGUGACCCGUCAUUUCUGAAAACCACCAAGGAAAACGACAGUGAAGAUGGCACUCGCAGUGAUUCAGGGGAUCCUGCAAUCAAUGGAAAGGAUUGUCUGCAAUCAGAACUUCAGAUUGGGUCCCAGGUGUCUCCACAACCCCUUAGAACCCCCCCACAACGCUUCACCUCCCCUGACUCUGAGGAGCCCUUGUCCUACUCUCCUCCAGAGUCGCAGUCCCUUUCCAGUCUCGGCAAGGCUGAGCCUCACCAGGCCUUUGUCAUUGAAUUCUUUGAUGAUAACCAUAGAAAGAAGCGCUCCCAGUCCUUUACCAAUAACACUACCCCGCCUGAGCCCUCAGGCCUCAGAGUCCAGCUGGAAAAGACAAGGAAGACCUCAAGCCCAACAGGGGAGAGACAAACCCCAUUUUCACCCUCUUCCACUCCCCCAACCCAACGAUACACUGUCCCCCUGAAGGGCCCUGCUUCCACAGGUCCCCAAAGAACUGGCUCUCUGCGAAGGGAGAAGACAGAGGACCGAAUCAGCACCAGCUUUUCCUCCCGCUCUUCAUCUUCUGCCUCUAUAAGACCUUUUAGCAGUGUGGGCCGGAGAUCCAAACUCGCCAUGGAAUUUACUGCUGAAUUUCUCAAGCAAACAAAGCAGGCCUCUUCUGCCAGCUGGGAGAAAAAUACAUCUAGUUCCCCUAUAGCAGCUAAAACAGAGGCAGUUGUAAGAUCACUGUCUAGUCCCCCUCCUUCCAAUGCUCCCUACCAGCCCCAGACUUCCUCUCCUGUCAACAAGCCUGUUCCCCUCAAGGCGCCUGUGAUGCCCCUGGUAUCUCAUGGCGUGGAAGUCAAGAGCCCCAUUAUCGGCCUCAGGAAUGAAGAGGAGGACAGUCUGAGUGAUGCAGGAACCUACACCAUUGAAGAAGAUGUCCAAGAUAAAGAGCUGGAAGAGGCACGGAGCAAGAUUGACCAGGUGUUUGGUGUUGUUCAGAGCCCAGAGCGAACCGACCAGAGUGAAGCAGAAACAUCAUCAGCAUUUAGGCCUGUUAUUGAUCAGGGCAGGGAGCAGCAUAGGCAGAGUAGCAGUGGGCAGGUUCAGCCAGCAGGUGCAGUGUUACAAGGGGCUCCUAAGUGGAUGUCUUGCUGGGCCAGCUUGGCAGACAGCUACACAGAAUCUGGUCCCUCAUCUGGCCUCUUUGACAUCCCUUCCCAGAUGGAGCUGUCAGGAGGGGCACAAGGUACAAUCAUCCACAAGGCCACGCUCAGCCGUAACCAUGACAGUACAGACUCGAGAGCUCGACGCAUCCUGCCCCAGCUACCAGUGGGGGAGAAGAGUGACAUUCCAACUCCCAGCAUUCAUGUUCAUUAUGACCUGCAUUCAACAUUUGAUGUAGCAGAGAAUAGCUUAGAAGUCCCCAGGUCUCAGGAUGGUGUUCACAGGUUGUCAGUGCAGGAUGAUGUAGAGCCUGACAGCUUGAGUGAUGCCAGCAAAUCCGAUGAUGGGUCCAUCAUAGAGCAGAGGAGUAGACCGCUGUCAGAUACAGAGGAGAAGGAAAAUGAGGAGACCAUGUUCCGAGCCAAGUCUGCUUCAUUCUACAUCGAGUCAGAGGAGGCUGAGUCCAAACCAGAAUGCGGAGGCUCAAAAUCCAGCACACCUAAGACUGAGAGAAAACAAAAAACUUUCUCAACAGCCACCCUGACCAGACCGAGGAGUAACCUGGACCCUGGAAAAGUCCAGCCCAGUGCGUCAGCUCCUAUCUUGGGCCAGAGGACACAGAGUCCAGAGUCCAAAGAGGGCGCAGGGUCUCCAUUAAUUAGACAAGAGAGCUUCACCAAGGACCGGCCUAGCAAUGCCAGAUUGCCCAACAUCUCUAGCCAGCCGGCUCAAAAGGACCCAGACCCUGAAUUAUUCCAGGGAGCUUGCAAUCAGGACACUCACUCUUACCUCAAAGAGACAGAAGAUGUUCUGGCUGUUCUGGAGGCCAAACUCCAAGCAGCACCACCAGAAACCACUCCGUCUCCAAUAAUGGACUCUCUUUCUGGGGAGUCUGAUGUAGAUACCUCCAGCACAGUCAGCCAGCACAGCAGUAAGACCAAGUCAAACACAGUGACGAAAAAACCCUCUGCCAGUGGCCUCCAUAGGGAAAGGUCUUCAGCUAGUAUAGCUAGUCAGGACUCAAAUCACCAGUCUGUGUCAUCAGAAAAGCGCCGUUUUCAGAGAGCAGAUAGCAGCAAUAAGUCCGAAUCUGUCAGGAGGCAAGUUGGACUGAGACGUAGUGUUGGGAAAUGUGGUUCCACAGACCUAAGUGACGACCCUAACAGCUUACCUUACUCUGAUCAGGAGUCUAACACCUACCAAACCCGCAGGAAGUACACUGUGCCCCUUCAGAAGGAGGAAACCAAGACCCCCAGAGUGCUCCAGGCCUUGAAUCGUGCCAACAGCUUGUCAGCUCCAAGACCCACCAGGGCAUCCAUGCUACGUCGUGCUCGCCUGGGAGAGGCCUCAGACAACGAGGGCACGGAGACAGACAGGCUGUCACAGGAGGCGGGCAAUAUUUCAGCCAAGCAGCCUCAGGAAACCAAGAAACUCUCCAGGCUGGAUAUGCUGGCGAUGCCUCGUAAGCGGACAAGCUCGUUUAACACACCAAGCGACACUGAGGCGUCCUCCACCCCACAGUGGACGGGCAGGAGCACAGGAUUCUCCAACCGCAGCACAGAGUACGGCAGCAGCUCUGUUCGAAGGGCCUCUGCUCCGGCGUCGAAACCUGUAGAAAAGCAGCAGAAGUCAGUGCUCAACAAGACCCCAGUCACCCGCGGACGUUCAAGCAGUGCCAAAUAUGCCAGCAGCACAGCAAGCUCCAGGAGGCGACAGAAAGGCUCUGACUAUACCUCUACCUCAGAUGAGGAGUACGACUCAAACCAGAGCACUCCUAAACACAAACGCUCCCAACCUUCCUCAGCUUCCCACAGCCCACGCAGUCAGCCUCGGCCACAGCCGGUGGUCACCCUGCGGGCAAAGCCCCGCAGCAGAGAUUCUGAGGAGGAAAACCAAGAGGGAGACGCCCUCCAAAACUGGUCCACUCACAGUGCUGAGAUUGCACGGUUGAGUCAAGACCUGGCUAAAGACUUAGCUAUUUUGGCCAGAGAGAUCCACGACGUGGCAGGUGACGGUGAUCCACAGAACCCUGGAGUGGAGAGUGACACACCUGUCUCCACAGUGACCACUCAUGAACAGCUUGUUCAGCAUAUUCCAGAGGCUGGAUUAAACUAUCAGAGAGUCCCACCAAGUUCUGCAUCUACAAGGGAGCCUGACCAGAGCCCAAGUGACCACGAACAGAAUUCCGGGCAGCGAGCUCGGAGCAGAGACGAGGUCGUUGUGGACAACCUGAUGCUGAAUCCAGUGUCUCAGAUCAUCAUGGCCAUCAGAGAAAACACAGAGCAACUUGCUGACAAAAUUAAGGUUCUGUUCCAGGACAGGGUGGAUAUCUGGGAAGAAAUUGAGGCAAAGGUUAAUUCUGACAAUGAUGUCCCUGUUGUCAAAACCUCCAACAAGGAAAUCAUGUCUAUCUUGAAAGAACUUAAGAGAGUUCAACGACAACUUGAGGUCAUUAACACAGUCAUGGAGCCCAGUGAGCAGCUCGAAGCAUCCAAGGCCUCAGCCUCUGCCAUCACGUCCUCGUCUGGAGUUCAGAUCUCUAGACCUUCUUCCUCGCGAGACUGGAGAACCGUCCACUCUGUGUCUAAACGAGGUGGCGGCCCGAGGCCCGGUGACGGUGUCAGGAGAGCAGCUGUGACACCAGAUGAUCUCAGAAAAGGAUAUUUGGUCUGAGAUCUGAUGCAAACACAAAGUGCUGACUUCUGCUGUUUCACCACACAUGCAGGUGUCGGGCCAUUGUGUGCGGAUUGAAACCAAGAGGGUGGAAGUGAGACUGGAUACUCAGAGCUGUACCCCCCUGCACAUUCAAGCAUACACACUACUGCACUAUGAGCACUACACACCUACACUGUGCUGUAAUACACAAUGAGGCCUGCACUAAAGGCCCUUAAAAUACACUCAUCUGUGAUGAUUUGAGGAAGUACCAUAAUACCCCCCUUCACCUGUGAAAGGCCUCAAAACUAUACUUGAUUCUGUGUGUUGGGGAUUGUUCUCAUUAUUUACCAUUGAUAUGACCAAUUUAGCUGAUUUUAAAAGCUCAUUGUCAUUAUUUGGUUUAAUUGAAAACCAACCUGAGCUUAAUCAACUCAGGGAAAUUUAUUAACAAAUCAAAUAUUUGUGUUUAGUGACAAAUAAAAUAUUUGUUCUAUUCAGAAAAAAAGGCACACAGAUGUUGGUGUACUGUGUGUCCUUGGUUUUGUCUUUGUUGUUUGCCACUUUUCUCUUUGUGAACCAGAUUCAUGGACGAAUGUAAAAAGUAUUUAUUAGGGGUCUUUUGUGAGACACUGGGUAUUUUGUAUCCGAGACAACAUAGCUUUGGGAGAGAGCUGGUAGACUCUAGUGCCAGACCAAUUCAUAUUACAUUACACAGUCGCUACCAGCCAAUAUCUUGUGUAUUUAUUCACAUAUUUCCCAGUGGACCGACUGUGUCCAGGUCUUCUAUCUAUUUUGCGCAGCUGGAGGUGAAAAUCCCUCAGGAAUGUGUGUCCAAAUGGAAGUUGUGGCUGAGUCCAUGGUUUAGUCACCUGGCAACCACAAACUCAAGUGGCUAUAAAACACUAGUAGCCAGUUUUCAAGCGUUCCUGUGCUUCUACCUUCUGAGAAAUGCAUUUUUAUUUGUGUUAAACACAGUAUGGGGCUUGAAACUUGUUUUUUUUGUUGUGUUGUCCUCCAUGCCUGAAGAUCACAGUUAGCUCUGAGGGUUUGACAAUCAUAAAAAAGACUGACGGGAAUAAGUCUCCUUUAUCGGUGUUGUACUGAGCUCAUCACACAACACUCAAACCUCCAUAUGUUGGUGUUAAACACUAAGAGCUGGUAUAAGAUGUGAUAUUUCCUCAGUCUGUCCAGUCACAAGGUCCUCACAUGACAGGAGAAGUAAUGUCAUUUUUUUUUUAGCAUAUAUGUUGAGAAAUUGUGUGAAACUGUAAAUCUGAUUGUUAGUUUGUGACACUCUGUUGUUCACUAUGUAAAUAUCUAAAGAUAUCUAUAUGUCCUACAAAUUACCUCUCAAUCUUGUCUUUUGCACUAAUGUAGUACAGCAAUAUCCCCUCAACCUGAUAUGCUGCAAAACUGAAAGCCUUUACAGAUUGUCAGCAUUUGAUGCUGUUGGAGUUGAAGCAGGAAAAAAGGCAGUACCAGUAAACCAGCAAGUUCCCAGUGCAGACUGUACAUGUGAUUGUUAUUGGGAAGUACCUAUAAGUGCCACAGAGCUGUGUGGGGAUAAUGUUUCAUGCAGCCAAGCACAGUGGUUGUUUACAAACUCAAGCAAAAACUGAAUGUUUGUUCUUUCUUGCUCAAAGUAUUGCUGCUACUUAUCAUCUUUGGGAUAGUAUUUUCCCUUUGCUUUACUCCAUCUAAGCUACAGAAAGUCAGAGUUACAGUUGAACUCUUCUGUGUCAAAUUUCUGUCCCAUUUUUGAGAUUCAGUUUCUGUUUCCCCUCCUUCCCCCCCCACCCCCACCCCCCCAGAAUGAUUUGGUUGUAAUCUUGCUGUCUUGUUAGCUGGUAUUUAUGUUUGGUUUUUUGUGUCAUUUCUUAGAUGGUGAUUCCAGAUUUGGUUUUGUUUUUGUUUUUUUCAAAUAAAUUUGAUUAGCAAAGCAGUUUUAUUUGACUCUU